CCCAGCAGUCAUUUUAUGUCAACUGGCAGAGAACUUUCUUCGUAUAUAUUUUCAGUCGUCUUCAAUUUUUCAGCCAAGAUGGCUGCCGAUUUGGACUCUUUGAUCACCUCGGAGAUCCCAGAAGGAAGACAAAACCUCCUGGACUCCCAUACUAACCUGGAGAGGGUGGCGGAGUACUGUGAGACCAACUACUUCCAGUGUGAUAACAAGAAAGCUGCGCUAGAGGAGACUAAGAGCUACACAACCCAGAGUCUUGCGUCAGUUGCGUACCAAAUCAAUACACUUGCGUACAAUUUCCUUCAGAUGUUAGACUUACAGAGUUUACAGAUUCAAGAAAUGGAAUCCCAGAUCAAUCAUAUUAAAUAUCAUUACCCCAACCACCGUCAUGGUUUAUUACGGCGUAAUAUUUGUUGCUUAAUUAGUAAUAUUGGAAUAUUUUCUACUGCUAAAAUUGAUGAUUACAGGCAAUACAAGAUCAUUGCCCCCGCCAACCCGGAGCGCCCCAUCAAGUAUGUGAGGAAGCCCAUUGACUACAAUGCACUGGAUAAUAUUGGGCACGGGGUGAAAGUUUCACAUCAGAAUGCUCCACGUCAAAUGAACAAACGACCCUCCACUUCAUCUAGCAGUCCAUACGCACCAGGAAACCAGUACAGCGGUCAGUACGGUCCGGGAAGGUCCCAGUACGGCAGUGUAGGCAACGUGAGCCAGAACUCCGCCGGUCCUGCUCCCACCACCAAACCACCUACUCCACCGCAAAACCGUUUCCCUUCAGGUUCAGGAGGUACGUUGACCCGGAAUAAGAGUGAGUAUAGAACCCCCCCUGUAGUAGCUCCCCCUCAGGUUCCCUCCAACUACGCCCCUAACUAUCCUAAAACCUCCAGGAGCGGUCAGCAGUAUGGUACUCUGCCUCAUCAACAUCCUCAGGUUGGAAUGGUCUACCCGCAGCCUCAGGAGGGUGGGGCAACAAUGCCACGCCUUUCCUCCCACUCCAUUCGGUCUACACACUCAGCUAACUCUGGAACUCCCACCCCGCCACCACAUGAAGGAACUUACGGAGUUACAAGAAAGCCGUCGACUAGCAGUGGGGAUACUGAUGUUUACGGUAUCAUGAGACAAACAAGUCAUUCAACCUCAGUGAGUCGUCAGUCCAGCCAGGCUGGAGUAUACGGACAGUAUGGUGUGGGUCGUGGUGCUACACCACCCUCAAACUACGGUAGAGGUGAACGUGGCGCCACCCCACCCUCGCAAUAUGGAAUGACACGCCCAUCUCAGCGUCCGCCUUCUCCGCCAAUGAAUGCUCCUGCUCCGCCUGCAGGUCCGCCUCCUGGGAACCCAAUAUAUGGAAGGCAAGGAGUUGAUAUGAGCUAUCAACGGCAGAUGAGUGAUUCCUCUGUAUACUCGACUAGAUCAGCGAUCAGUGAUCAACGAGGGGCGAUCAGUGAUCAACAAACAUACUCAACACGAGCCCAGGUGCAGUCUGGUAUGAUGAACUACGGGCGGCAGACUAGUGCAAGCAGUAGCAUCGUUUCUACAUCCUCUCUACCCCAUCAGAGAUCUACAGAACAGGCCCCGGUUCAACCAAUGUCAACUGUUGUCGCUCAGGAUAUGAGUUUACCUGGCUGGGUUCCUAAGACCUACCUGGAGAAGGUUUUAGCAAUCUACGAUUACAACGCAGAUAAAGAGGAUGAAUUAACCUUCCAGGAGGGUCAGACAAUCUACGUGUUGAAAAAGAACGACGAUGGUUGGUGGGAGGGGGUCAUGGACGGUAUCACCGGGCUCUUCCCUGGCAACUACGUCGAGCAGACGGUUUAGUAGAUGAAGUUUGGACCCGGAGAUGGUUCAGCAGACCUAGUUUAGACCCAAGGAAUAAUUCCCAAAUUAAUUCAUGAAAUCAUGAGCUUUUUAAGGAAAAAUAAUAAUGGAUAAUAUUUUCUCCUGUUCAGAGAGUUUAUAAAGAGGAAGUUAUAUUUUUCCCAUUGUUUUAAUUCUUUAUUCUGAUUUAUGAAUUUAUCUUGUAUGUAAUAAAGGAAAUAUUCUAGUUAAUUAUAUAAAAACUCAAUUAUUUUUGACUUUUCAAAAAUUUUAAAAGAGUUUUUAUUUUUUUAAAUUCUGCUAACAUCUAGUUGAUAUAUAACUUGAUUUUUUGUGUAGGAAAUGGAAGAAACGGAUGAAUAUUAUUUAAUGUUUAAAUCAUGCUUUGUAAAAUCAGCAAAUAUUAAUAAUAAAUUAAAUAUAAAUUUUCUCCAAAAUACAAGUUAAUGUAUUGUUAGCAGUGUAUGAAUAAAAUGUGAAGAAAUGUCUUAGCUUCUUGUGUUUUUGGUUUUUAACCUAAAGAGAAAGAAAUAUUUCUAUUAAAUUCAAAUGUUUGUUAAAUUUUACUUCCAAUGCCCUGUAAACGUAUAAAGUGUUCAACUAAAAGCUUGUGAUUGUGCACUGGGCGGUAGCAGCCAAAGCUAACUUGAUAAAAUAACUUUUACCUAUGAUGUUGAUUUUUGCUGAAUCGCUUUAACUGUAGAAUCCCAAGUAUUGUUGCAAACGUUUCUUUUUGUCAUCUACUUGGAAAUACACAUUAAAUUAAUUCUCUAAUUUGUGAACAUAGGAACCCAAAUCAGCCAAUCUUUUUCUUACCGUCAGGGGUUCCAUGUUGAAUUCAGUUAUAUCUAUUAUUUAUUUGAAAUUUAACAGGGCUAGCAUGAUUAAUAUUUUUUUUUGUUAAGAUUGGUUUCUGUGGUAAAUAUAUAGUUGAGUUUAAAAAAA